AUGAUGUUCAAGUCGAACCUUUUGGCUGCCCUCUUGGGAGCCUCCAUGGUCAACGCCCACAUGAUCAUGAGCACCCCGACUCCCUACGGCCAGGACAGUCUCAACAACUCGCCUCUGGAGGCAGAUGGUAGUGACUUCCCCUGCAAGCAACGUGACGGUGUCUACGAUGCUCCCUCCACCGAGACCAUCAUCGGAAUCGGUGAAUCCCACGCACUCGCUUUCGAGGGCUCCGCCACCCACGGUGGUGGUUCCUGCCAGAUCAGUUUGACCGAGGACCUCAAGCCAUCCAAGUCCUCGACGUGGAAGGUCAUCAAGUCCUUCGAGGGCGGCUGCCCUGCCAAUGUCGAAGGCAACCUGGCAGCUGGUGCCGUCGAUCAGACCCAAUUCAACUUCACCAUCCCCGACGGCAUCUCUGCUGGCAAGUACACUCUGGCCUGGACCUGGUUCAACCGCAUCGGUAACCGUGAAAUGUAUAUGAACUGCGCACCUAUCACCGUCAGCGGAGGCUCAUCCAAGCGCUCUGCCGAGGAGCUCGAGAAGCGUGCCGCCAGCUUCCCGCCCAUGUUUGUCGCCAACGUCAACGGUUGCACCACCAAGGAGGGUGUGGAUAUUCGCUUCCCUCAGCCUGGUGACGAUGUCGAGUAUGAUGGCGAAGCCAGCAACCUCGCCGCCGAAGGUUCUGAGGCUUGCACCGGCACUGCCAGCUUCGGCGGCUCUGGCGACACCUCCUCUGGCUCCAGCUCUGGUUCCAGCUCCAGCUCUGGUUCCAGCUCCAGCUCCGGUUCUGACUCUGGAUCGAGCUCUGGCUCUGGCUCCUCUGGCUCCAGCUCCGGCUCCAGCUCCGGCUCGUCUGAUUCUGCCGCUUCCUCCGUCGCUCCCGUCGCUCCCUCAUCAACUUUGGCGGCAGUCGCAAGCGUCUCGAGCCAGCCCGAAGUUGCCGGACAGGUUGCUUCCUCGCCCUCUGCGCCUGCUCCAGCCCCUUCAUCUUCGUCCAGUUCGGGAUCGAGCUACGAGUCUGGCUCCGAGUCCAGCUCCGGUGCCAGUUCUGAUUCCAGCUCCGGCUCAGGCACUUUGUCGGGUGCCUGCAACACCGAGGGCGAGUGGAACUGCGUCAGCGGUUCCUCUUUCCAGCGCUGUGCCAACGGUAACUGGUCCGCUUCUCAGCAGAUGGCAGCCGGCACUGAAUGUGGCGCUGGUCAGAGCAGCGAGCUCACCGUGACAGCCACCCGGAAGGCGCGCCACAUCUCCAGCAUGCGCUUCCGCAAGCGCCACGUUGGUGCUCACCAUGUUUAA